GUGGUAAGCAGCAUCACAGGCUGGAAGUGUUUGGUUUGAUGAAAUCAGGAAGUUGACGUUUUUCCUUUGCAAUCCGUGCUUGUGAGUGUUCCUUCGGCUAUUUUGUCUUCGGUUAAACUUUCACUUUGGAUGUACCGAAGUUUAGCCUGUUCAAUGCUUUAGAAUCGCAAAAUCAGUACCAUUCGACAGUGCUUGAACACUGCGGACAAUGCGCCCAUCUCUGACCAGUGUCUUCCACCACACCAGUGACUCAGACUGGGACCAGUCCCACUGACCACCACCACCCUGUGCUGGUUCUAGUUCAGUCCUGCCCUGCUGUGGAGGAGGAGGCAUGUCCUACUGGUCAGUCGGCCUCUCCAAGGCCACUGGAGACACACAGAGCAACAACAUGGAGGAACAAGAAAAACACGAUCUUGAACAAGAUGGUUCUUUGGCAGUGGAGGACAUGGGAGCCAAGGCGUCUGCGAUGGGCAGUGGUGGAGCCUCCUCUCUGGGUCCGUCUCCAACCCUGGAGAACAUCCAGGCAGCGUACGGGGAAGGGGAGAGCAGCAGGGCCCGGGAGCUGAUCCAGCAAGCCUGCUGUGUGGAGUGUAGUGCAGCUAGUCCUCGGCUGGAGGGGCUGCGUCUCCUGUGUGUGGCCACCGAGCAUGGUGAUGCGGAGAGCGUGAGUUACCUCCUCCAUGAGGCCCGUGUGCCCCUGCCCCUGGAGCCAUCGGAGGGAAACCCCGCCAUCCUGGCUGCACACUAUGGACAUGUCAGCCUGGUCAGAGAGCUGCUCGACUCAGUACCAGGUCCGUGUGUCCACAGAGAUCUGCUGAACUGGAUGUUGGUGUCGGCGUGCCAACAGGGUCACCUGGAGGUGGUUAGAAUGUUGGUGCAGGGUUACCAUGCUGACGCUGAGGACUGUGCCAUCCACCAGGAGGAGUUUCCUGUCAUCACGGGGCUGCCUCUCUACGCUGCUGCACGCGCAGGUAAUGAGGAGAUUGCUAGAUUCCUGCUGCAGAAUGGCGCUGGGCUGUCCUCCUACACCCUGAUGGAUUAUCCAGCCUUCAGCAGACUGCUCGUUGAACAACGACUGGUAGAAGAAGCAGACACACACACAGGACCAGCGGGAGAAAAGCUACUAUGUGGCCGUUGGUCAGGUCUGAAGCUGCCGUGGUUGGAGCUGGACUGGUUCAUGGAUGUUUCGUCACGUAUCUCCCACCUGGACCUGUCCUGUAACAGCCUCAGCUCCCUGCCCUCCGUGGUUCCCUGGGGGCUCAUACAGCUCCGGACCCUAGACCUCUCCAACAACCUGUUCAAAGAGCUGCACACAGCACAGAGCUCACAGGAGAUCAUCUGCUCCAGACUUCGUCAGGUGAAUCUGUCUCAGAAUGAGUUGACCAGCUUGCCGUCCGGACUGCUCCAUCUCACCAGAGUCCAGAGGCUCUCUGCUGCUAAGAACAAGCUCACCUCCCUGUUUGACAUUCCUAAUGGUACUAACUGGAUAGGUCUGCGUAAGCUGGAGGAGCUGGAUGUGUCUGACAACUGUCUGACCAGUCUUCCCUCUGCUGUUCUUCACUCUUUCAAAUCCCUCACUUCCCUCAAAGUCUGCCGGAACAGACUCACCAGCUUCCCUGACCCCUGGGCCUGCCCUCUGAAGCACUGUCGAGCCUCAUCCAACGCCAUCGAGAGUCUUCCCAAUACCAUCUCCAUCUUCUGGAGAACUCAGCUGCAGGAGGUGGAUUUCUCAGACAACGUCAUCAAGGAGCUGCCCUCCUAUAUAUUCGAGCUGGAGGCCCUGGUCUCUCUCAGACUGUGUAGGAAUCAGAUCUCCACUCUCCCGGCACCCAACAAGUGGAAAUGCUCUCUGCUCAGAACCCUUGACCUCUCCAGGAACCAUCUGGGCAAGACUGAGGAGGGACCCAAAACCAGGAAGCUGGCCUUCCUGACCACAUGGCACCGGAGAGACCCGGACCCAGUAUGCCCAAUCGAGUUUCCAGUAAUUUUGCGGGAUGCUUUGGAAGUGCUUUCCUUGAACGACAACCAGCUGGAGUGUGUGCCCCAGUCCGUGUGUGGCCUGAGAAACCUCAUGGAGCUCUACCUCUCCAAUAAUCCAGGUAUUCGGGAGCUUCCAGCUGAGUUGGGGCAGCUCUCUAACCUGUGGCAGUUGGACAUUGAGGACCUCAACAUCACUAAUGUUCCCCAGGACAUCAGGAAAGAAGGUCCAGCAUCAGUGCUGUCCUUCCUCCGAGCCCACCUACGGAAGGCGGAGCCCUAUAAGCUGCUGAAGCUUCUUGUGAUUGGUCCUCCUCGGCAGGGAAAGACAGCCCUCCUGGAGGCGUUGCAGACGGGCAGGACCUCCCCUUUCUCCCCUGCAGAACGAAACAUCAGCACAGCUACUUGGGAACUGGACAGACCCAAUGGGGUUAAAGCUAGCGCCGACUCCGUGGCGUUCAACGUGUGGGACAUCGGCGGUCCGGCCAACAUGUCCACGGUCAACCAGUGUUUCUUCACGGACAAGGCCCUGUACGUAGUCAUAUGGAACCUCGCUCUGGGAGAGGAGGCUGUCGCCAGUCUACAGUCCUGGCUGCUUAACAUUGAGGCGCGUGCCCCUAACUCUGCGGUGGUGGUGGUGGGCACCCACCUGGACCUGAUCGACACCAAGUUCCGUACAGAGCGGGUGGCCACUCUGAGGGCCUACAUCCUGGCACUAUGCAGGUCUCCAUCAGGCGCCAGGGCCAGUGGCUACCCAGACAUCACCUGGAAACACCUGUAUGAGGUAUCGUGUAAGACCCAGGAGGGUCUGGAUGGUUUGAAGAGGUUGAUCUUCCAGGUGGCCUGCUACAUGAAGGACAACAGCAGCAGUUCAGCUAGCGGACACAAGCUGCUGGGCAGACUGAUCCCAAAGAGCUACCUCACACUACAGCAAGCGGUGCUAGAUGAGAGGGGUCGGCGGGACACAGAAGACGAGGUCCAGUACCUGACAGACGCACAGCUGGACCUCGUCAUAGAGCAGAACCCAGGAAGUGACAUCAGAGACUACGAGGACCUGCAGACAGCCAUCAGCUUCCUGAUCGAGACAGGCACCAUCCUCCACUUCCCAGACACCAGUCACGGCCUGUGUACCCUCUACUUCCUCUGUCCCGUGUGGCUGUCGGACUGUCUGGAGCGGAUCAUCCACCUGAAGAGCUCCCGAUCGGUGGCCUGGAACGGGGUGAUCCGAGCGGAGGAUCUGCGCAUGCUCCUGGUGGGAACGGGCUUCACCCAGCAGACGGAGGAGCAGUACUUCCAGUUUCUGGCCAAGUUUGAGAUUGCUCUGCCUGUGGCCAGCGAUAGUUACCUCCUCCCCCACCUCCUUCCUCCUAAGCCUGCUAUGGACAUCCACGGCUUCCGUCAAGAGACCGCCAACUCCAUCCAGCGCCUCUUCAAGAUGAGCUUCGUGCCGGCGGGAUUCUGGGAACGCUUCAUCGCCCGCAUGCUCAUCAGCCUCAACGAGAUGGACCUCCAGUCCUUUGAGCCUAAGAGGAAUGCUAAGAGUGAGCGGAGGAGGACCACGGUGAUCUACCGUUUUGCGGGAACAGGUAGCCAACAGAAGCACCGCUGUAGCACCUUCAGAGUCCGCCGCAGUCAGACCAUCUACUGGAGAGAGGGACUACUGGUCACCUUUGAUGGAGGGUAUCUAAGUGUGGAAUCGACUGAUGUCAACUGGAAGAGGAAGAAAAGCGGGGGCAUCAAGAUCAUUUGCCAAUCAGAGACCAGGGAUUUUUCAGCCAUGGCCUUCAUUACGGACCAUGUCAAUUCCCUCAUCGAACAGUGGUUCCCUGCCUUGACGGCCAGUGAGAGUGAUGGGACCCGAUUGAUUGAGCAGUACGCCCCCUGUCCCCAGUGUUCCUCCAUGAGCAGACAGAACCAGGGGCCUGGGGAUCUGGGGGAACCCCCAACCAAGGGGACUGCAGCUGGGAGAAGAGGAGGAGAAGGCAGAGAAAAAGGGGGAGGAAGAGGAGGGCACUUCUUCAACAUGGAGGACUGUGUGAUUGCUGCCAUGGGCCAGGAGUACAUAGUGUGUCCCCAGCACACCAACCAGCCUGUGCCCCUUCAGGAGCUGGUCCCAGAGCUUUUCAUGACCGACUUCCCCUCACGGUUGUUCCUAGAUAAGGCCCAGUUGGAGUGUCGUGAGGAGGAGAGUGAUAUCCUGGGCCAGGGGGGCAGUGGAACUAUCAUCUAUAGAGCCUGUUACCGUGGCCAACCAGUCGCCAUCAAACGCUUUCACUUCAAGAAGUGCCGACAGCAGACCAUCAGCAGUGGUACAGACACCAUGAUGAAGCAUUUUCAGUCCAUGGACGCGUGCCGGAGCUUCUCAGAGUUCCGCCAGGAGACCAGCAUGCUCCACUCCCUACAGCACCCGUGCAUCGUGCUGCUGGUGGGAAUCAGUAUUCACCCGCUCUGCUUCGCCCUGCAGCUGGCUCCCCUGGGCAGCCUCAACAUUGUGCUGGAGGACAGACAUAAAGGCUCCAGGUACAUGCCCCUGGGUCACAUGCUCACCUUCAAGGCAGCCUAUCAGAUUGCAGCGGGGCUGGCCUACCUGCACAGGAAGAACAUCAUCUUCUGUGACCUCAAGUCAGACAACAUCCUGGUGUGGUCCCUGGAGGUGUGUGACCCGGUGAAUGUCAAGCUGUCAGACUACGGCAUCUCGCGCCAGUCCUUCCAUGAGGGGGCACUGGGUGUGGAGGGCACGCCGGGCUACCAGGCCCCCGAGAUACGCCCAGGCAUCGUGUAUGAUGAGAAGGUGGAUAUGUUCUCGUAUGGGAUGGUUGUGUAUGAGUUGCUGUCAGGUUGUAGGCCUGCGUUGGGCCAGCACCAGCUCCAGAUAGCUAAGAAGCUGUCUAAAGGGAUCCGUCCCACCCUGGGAAACCCAGAGGAAGUCCAGUUCCACUGUCUGCAUGGCCUGAUGAUCGAGUGCUGGGACACUAAGCCUGAGAAGGUGAGGGGCUGCCUCCUGGCCAUGCAGUGUGUGAGGCAGAUGCAGGAGCCCAGUUUCCCAUGUCUGAAGUAUGAUGUUUUGAAGAGCACACCACUCCCUGGGAAGCUCUUCCUGUCCCACUUGCAGGGACACAGCGCUGUGUUCUGGGAAGGGGACAAGGACGACAGGAACUACAGUGUGGUGAACGUAGAGACGGGUCAGGUAGAGGUGAAGAGGAUGCCAUGUCCAGGAACCAGGCUGAGCUGUCAGAUGAAGAUGGAUAACACCUUAUGGACCGCCACAGAGGAGCAUGAAGUGUUCAUCUACAGUCUAAAGGAGAUGUGUCCACUGAGCCAGCCCCAGAAACAGAUCUCCUGUCCUGCUAUAGUCACCUGUCUGUUUCCCGUGCCCGCCAGAGACGAGACCCAGGCGUGUGUCUUCAUGGGGAUGUCAGACGGUCUGGUGGCAGUGUACUCCCUAAUGGAUGACAUGCCUGUAGAAGGAGAGACCUACCUGUGUUCUCACACCCUCAAUAUGACCAUGUUUGGGAUGGAGGACUCUGACCCCAGACAAAGACCCUACCCAGUCAGGAGCAUGGUCCUGGUCCACAGUGGAUCCCAGCUGUGGUACUCCCAUGGUCCAGGCCUGCUGGUGAUCGACUGCCGGACCCUCCAGGCGGUGUAUCGUCUGGACCCCUACGACCCACCAUCCUCCAUACAGGCCCUGGCCUCUAGCCCCUGUCUGUGGGGGGAUGAGGCAGUGUGGACCCUGGACGACCACACCAACACCCUGCAGCUGUACCACGCUGCCACCUACCAGCUCUGUGCCACGUACAGCUGUGGAGACGCCAACCCUCUCCGGGACGUGUUCACAGUACAGCGACCUGCAGGGGUUACCAUGGCUACUAGUCCUGACCUUGACUCAAAGAGAAAGAGUCUAGAUGAAGAGGAGGAGGAAUGUCCUAACGACAGAGUGACGCUGAUCUACAGCGAGGAGGCGGGAACUCAGAUCAUCCAGCACCAGGAUUCGCUGACGGACUACUGCUCCAUCUCCUCUGACUCCACCCCUUCGCUGGGAUUUGACCGAUCCGGCCCCUUGUCAGAGCCGCUGGGAUUGGACAGAUCCAGUUCUUGCGCACUCAGCUCAUUGGCUAGUUCCAGCAGUAUGCCUUUUUCCACUGAGGAGGAAGAGAGGCCUCAGGACCACCCAGACGACCCUGACCCUGUGGUGAACUCUGACCCCACCACAACCUUUACCACCACUCCCCCCCACCUGCAGGCCCUCACUGUGCUGGCUGUCAAUGGAGCCCUUUGGAUCCCCAGGAGUGGUGGUGACGUGAUGGUGAUCGAGGUCCAGCGGCAGACAGGACAGCUCAGGGGGCGUGUCAUCGCUGUGCUCUGCCCCCCCGGAACUUCCUCUUACGGGACCUUGGAGGAGGCCGCACUGGUGGCAAAGGACACGGUUGUGUGUGGCUUUCGCAACGAAAAUAGUGCCUGGUGCCUGUGUGUCUGGCGGGGCUGGGGCCCCCGUGAGCUAGAGGUCUUCUACCAGUCCUAUGAGGAGCUGGGGAGGCUAGAGACCAGCAUGAGGAAAAGAAGGUAGCCGUUGUACAACACCGGCCGUGGUGUCCCAGGCAGAAGCUAGCAGUCACAGAAUCAUAGCUCUCUGUCUGUCUGUCUGUCUGUCUGUCUGUCUGUCUGUCUGUCUGUCUGUCUGUCUGUCUGUCUGUGUGUGAGUGAGUGAGUGAGUGAGUGAGUGAGUGAGUGAGUGAGUGAGUGAGUGAGUGAGUGAGUGAGUGAGUGAGUGAGUGAGUGAGUGAGUGAGUGAGUGAGUAAGAGAGAGAAAGAGAGAGAAAAACACAUUCACAGGCCCCCAGUGUUCAGAGCAGGGGGCCGUGGAGCUCUGGACGAGGAGGGGUGAGGGAGAUGUUGAAGCAAAAGAGAGGACAGGACAGGAGAUAUUGGGAUAUGUUGAGAGGAGACUCAGGGAUGGGGGUGCCUCAUCCUGUCAUAGCUUGGGCCCAAACCCCCAGGGACCAGGUCAAAACCCCCUGUGUGCCCCCAACACACCCCACACUUCCCCCUCUGGAGCACCACUAAGAUGGAUUGACUACCAGUUAAACCUGAGCCUGAAGAUAGAAGGGACUAGGGUUGCAAUUUUCCGGUAACUACCAAAAAUGCCAGGUUUUCCAGAAAUCCAGUUGUAAGACUCCUAAAAUCAGGAUUAAGCAGGAAAUCCAGAAUCUACCAACCAGGAUUUCUGGAAAACCUGGGGAUUUUGGGAAGGUUACUGGAGUUUUGCAACCAUAAAACAGAUGGUUGGACAAAACGGGCCGUAAAGACACGUGUCCCAGAUCUACUGAACACAGAGUGUACUCACUUCACAGGACAGUGGAACGUAACACUCAACUGGGUUGUGUAUGUGUGAGAUAUAUGAGUAAACAACACCAUAAGCAGUUCCGUUUCCUCAUAAGCCAUCUCCCAACAGACCAAGGACACAGCAGAAAGGACUCACCCCUGCCCUGCAGUAUAGAGACUGGGACUGUCUCUAAACCAAUGACACUCUCCUAUACCAAUCUCUCAUACUAGCUCAGAUAGACAUUAGAUGAAGGGUUCAUUAGAUUUUAAACAUUUUCUGCUGCUGGGCUAAACUCUGACUUGUGCAUUUAACAAAACUGUAGACAGAAGUCAGGGUUAACUAUGUGUAGGAGUUUGCCCUUCGGUUUGAUGCCCAUCAGUUUUACUUCAAGUGUUGGCGCUUGAAGUUGCCAGUACUAUAUUGUGUAUUGAGGAUGCAUCCCAAAUGGCACCCUAUUCCCUACAUAGUGCACUAUGGGCCCUGGUCAAAAGUAGUGCACUGACAAGGGUUCCAUUUGGGACAUCCAGUGUGUUGAUACCAACAUGGGAGGGUUUGCUAACUUCACUGCUGUGUCAGUGAGAUGGUGUUCAUUUAUGGUGUAAUAUGUUCAAAUCCUCUUCAGUGUAAAUAUACUGUAUUGUGUAUAUACUGUACAACCAUGAAUAAACUUCUUAUAAUUGGAGAA